UAACCCAGGAUCACAUGCCUGCCGCAGUAGACACAACCUGCAAACCAGACGCACAGGGGACAAACCUGUGAGACAUCGCGCCCAGAUAGACAGACAGACAGACACACAAAAAGACAGACUCCUGAGGAGAAGGUUCAGACAAAGCCUCCAGAAGCUACCAGACUUCCUCCAGACAGACGGAACAGACAGUAUGCAGGGCUGCACAGUGCUGGUGAAGCGGGCAGGCAGCGUGGCGGGGGCAGAGCUGGGCUGCAGCGUGCGGGAGGAGAACCGCACACAGAGGGAGAGCUACAGCGCAGACUGGCACAGCGUGCGCCUCAACACCCAGCCUCAGGACAGGCAGACAGUGAAUGAGGCAGACGAUUCCCGCCGCGAGUCCUUCUCCAGGCAGUGGGAGGCGAGGCGGCUGGUGCAGGCCUGUCCCUCGGGGGUGAUUCGGCUGGGCACCCUGGAGCGGGGGGUGAGGGAGCACCAGCAGCUGCCCUACAGAAACACCCUGCCCUUGCCCAUCUUCACACCAGCAGAGCUGGGUGUCAGGCUGGGCCGCGGUGCCCCUCACACCCAGGAGGACUUCCGGCCAUUCUCCAUCCCAGACGGCGCCUGCCCUGCCAAGAGAAAUGUGGGUGACAUCACAAAGGACCUGCCCCCGGUCAAACCAAUCAGGAUGGAAUUUGCCAAAGCGCCCAGGUCCCUGGGCCGCUCUAUGUCACAGGAGGCCCAGAGAGGGUGAAAGAGGAAGAGGAGGAGGAAGAGAGGGAGGGAGAGAGGGAGAAAGGGAGGGAGAGAUGAAAGGAGAGAGAAAUGGGCUGCCACAGAGAGAAAAGAGAGGGUAACAGGGGAAGUGAGGUGUCAGAGGGGCGGUGGAUGAUGUCUAGAAUCGAUUAGAGGAAAAGGAAGGACAUCUGAAAAGUGCAUCAGACUGGAAGUUGUGAUACUUGUAUAUAGUUAUGUUGCAUUCAUUUGGGCAUUGAUUUGUUGCUUUUAAUCUUCCUUAUCAUCAUUUGGUGCCAGCUGUGUACCAGUGUCAAAGUGCCUGAGAACACACUGCACAACCAGAUGAUAACAAGCAGGCUGAUAGAAACAAAGCAAAGGUUUUGUAGCAGACAAUGCAGGCAUAUGUCCCAUCGGGGCAGAAUGAUAGAUGUGUGGGGUCUACUGCUGCAGCUGUACAGUGAUCUAGAGACAAUGCAGGCCUCAGACUGGGAUUACGCACAGUCUGAUAUUUGCUUAGAUUGCUGUGUGAAUCAGGGUCAGUCUGGGGCCACUGCCUUGUCAGACACCGGCAGUGAACUGUAGGAACAAUCUUUUGAUUUAUGUAUACCUCAGAUGUCAGUUUUGGAAAGAAAGAUGGCUGGAUUCCAGAUCUGAUUUGACAGAUGAGAGAGGAUGGGAGCCCUGCUGGAGCUUAAAUGAAGUGAUAUCACAGUGUUUUGUAGGGAUUGAGGGCUUAGCAUAACUUGGAAUUUAGACGGCUCAAGAAAGGGAGGCCAAAAUAGAACUGUGAUAGCCAGUGUUGCUGGGCCUUUGGCCCUUGGUGCCUGGACAAGUCCUUGGAAAGUCCUUCAUAUUAAUACUGCAGGAAUGUGAUGCACAGUCCUGUGUGUGCCAUUUAAAACUGUGGAGGGGAGGUGAGCAGCCUUAAGGAAUGAAUUGAGGGCAACUGGCCCGAGUCCUAGGUUUAACUUCUACUGCUGCACUGCACUUUUGAAUCAGGUUGUGUAAUAUGCCUGGAAAACCUGCCACUUUAGUAUUGUAUUGACAAUGUAAUGAUUCAUACACAGACACAGACUCUAAUUUAAUGAAGGCAAUUAUUUAAAUGUGGACUUAAUCUCUUGCAGAAUUAAUGAAAGAACUAGCGAUGCGGCUAUGAAGAUGUACUUUUCAUCCACUGUAUACUAGAGAUGUGCUGUAAUGGAUAGUGAUAUAUUUAUUUUUCUACAAUAAAUUGCGCCUGCACACAAAUGAA